AUGUCGAGCAAGUCCCCCUCCACCCGGGCCAAGAAGUCAUCCAUCGUGAUUCAGGCGAUCCUUGAGCCCUUCCGCAAGCUCAAGGCCAAGCUCCGAAAGACCAAAGGCGAGAAGGCUUGCGAGGGGGUUGUCGUCGAUAGGCCUGCAUCUCCUGUCGAGGCCUCCCAACAUGCCACCGAGACCGCCGUGAUCAUCCACCCAACGGUCUCGAAUGCCUCCAAGAGCGUCAGAAGCCCCGCUCAAAUCGAUAUCAACAACAUUGUCAUCACUGAUUUGGUGACCAGUUCCUACGCCACCUCCGGUGCAAAAGUCCACCACUCACUUUCAUCGCUUUUGAUGUCUGGGCCUAUUGCUGUCAUCGCAAAGCCCGCUGCGGUCUACGAGAAGGCCAAAUUGCAGCACACCAUUCGCGAGCUUCUCAUGCUGUGCAGCAAGAAGGAUGUCGAACACGCCGACGCCAUCGAAACCAUCAACAACGAGCGUGUGGCUGAGCUUGAACGUCUCAACGACGAGCAUGAGUCGGUAGUCGAGAAACUUCGCGAAGACUACGAUGCUAUUGAAGAGGACUAUGAGACCCUCAAUAAUGGCGCUCUCGCGCUUCAAGAACAAAUUCAGGCCGCGAACGAGGAAAUCGAGGUAUUUAAGGGCACAGCAGAGGUCUCGCGCCAGAAGAUGAAGUCGAUGGAAGGCUUCAUCCGUGUUGGAUAUCAGUGCCUAGUCGAUGAGCAAUCCAGAUGCUCUGAAUUGCGUCAAGAAAACCAGAGCAUUGAACAGAAGCUGAUGGACUGGCAUGUGGAAGCCAGGAAAUGGCACCGUGUCGCCGAGGAGCAGUUCAACGCCGCGGAGCAAAAUCGCCUAGCCAAAAAUGCUGCUGACGCUGAGAUGCUUGAGUUCAAGAACAAGAGCAUUUUCUUGGCAGAUGAUCUCGAGCAGAAGAUGCAGGAGAUCAGAUCGCACGAACGUCGCAACGAGACGUUUGUGACUGAGUUUCAGCUGUACCAGGAAGACCACGAGCUCGAGCUCAAUCAGCGCGACGAGGAGAUCGCUGCUCUGAAGGCAGAGCUUGAGUCUCUAAAGGAGACCAUUGAUGAGAAGGACACGAAGAUCUCUUCUCAAGAGGCUGAGCUUGCAGCUCAGAUUGAACGUGUUGAAGCCAAAGACGAGAAGAUCGCGUCUUUGGAGGGCGAGCUGGCGAUGGCACGCACUGCCGCGCUCUCUACCAUUUUCCACAACCGCCAGGUCUCCAACUCAUCCCAGGAGUCUAAGGCUUCCUCGACUAGCCUCUGGUCUGAACCAAUGAAGAGCUACGAGCUCGCAUCUGCACCCGAUUCAGAGCAUGGCGAGUCCAACAAGGACUCUACCGAAGAGAUAUCCAACAACGCCAGCCCUGCCUCCUCCGCUUUCGAAAUCGACUCGAACAUCUUCGACAUCAACACGCCAGUUGAUAUCGCCAACCCUUUCAACGCCCCCGAGACCAGCCAGGAAGAGCCAGUGUCCUACACGGGCACCACUUUCAACCUACCAGCCCCGACUCCUCCCGCCUCUCCGCCCACCACCAUCUGCAACAGCGUGCGCUUGCCCACCUGCGAGAGCGUCAUGGCUCACUUCCACGGCCUCGCGCAGAACCACACCUACACACCCGAGGUGCCGUGGUCCGAGGCCGAGCAGAUCACGGUCACCGUAGGGGAUAAAUACUGCCUCAAGACGAGGGAUCUAGGCUCCAACGCCGUUGAGUGUCCCUUCACCUAA